CACCUUCUGCAUAUGGCUGCAAAGAGUCUCGCAUGAAGAUCGAUUAACAAACAAACCGUUUCUUCCUUUUCCCUCUCUCUCUCUCUCUUUUUCUCCCUGUCUUUUGCUAAUUAUCUAUUACUGUCACAAUUAUACGCAAAUUUCCAUCUGUUUUUUCACUUGUAGACAAUAUCCCCUCAAAUAAAACUUUUACUACUGGGUUACAUUUACCUUGAAUGCAUUAACUUUCGGUUUCUUCCGCCGACAUUUUUUAGCCGUCACUUUGUGGCGAAACUUCGCAACAAGUCAGGUUUGGGCGCAGGAAAAAAAAAAGUAACCCACUCUUAACCCCCACUCUUAACUUUAGCACUACAAUAUGGGCGACGCCGCUGCUGCUGGUGAAAACAAGUUUGGUUUGGCCGAUGACGAAUGGACCUUUUACAAAUAUGCUCAUAGCAAGGGCAAGGACGGGAUCAAGUUUAGCGAACGCCCACCUGAAAUGGGUGUGCAAGAAGCAUACCAAGCCAUGAAUACCCUAUUAAAAAAGAAUGCACUCGAAAUUGUCACCAUCAAUGGUGAAAAUAUGCUGCGCGCGAUCGAUCUCCGAGAAGCUGAAAAGGCGAACCGUAUGAACGACGAACAGCGUAUUGUUUAUAAUACGAUCCGUGCAGCUGGCAACGAAGGCAUAUGGACAAAGGACUUGAAAAAGAAAACAAAUUUACACACUAUCGUCAUGAACCGCACAUUAAAGGCAUUGGAGCAAAAGCAGGAAAUUAAGGCUGUCAAGCACGUCAAGUUUCCUACACGCAAGAUCUACAUGUUAUUCAAUAUGACACCGUCGAGUGAAGUCACUGGUGGAGCUUGGUACACUGAUCAGGAAUUGGAUACCGAGUUCAUUGAUAGCUUAAAGACGGCAUGUUUGAAAUAUAUUAUGGCUAGAAGUUUUCCGCGUAAUGAGAAUGUCCGCGACGCAGUCUUCAAUGCCGAAUACGAACAUUAUCCCACAGCAGCCGAAGUACGGCGCUUUAUCACCGAAUCACGCAUCUCUUCUGUCGAACUGUCGGUCAAGGAUAUAGGCAGCUUACUUGACGUGUUGGUGUAUGACGGUGUCGUCGAGAAGAAGUUGCCGUAUAUUGCUGGAUUCGAUGAGGAUAUGAGUGACGAUGAGGGAGACGAUGCAUCUGUACCAUGGGCAUACAAGGCUGUGCGCAAGACGACCAGUCGGUUACCCGCAGAAGCCAUGACUGAAGUGCCGUGUGGAAAGUGCCCUGUGUUCAACUUUUGUGUGGAAGAUGGACCGGUCAAUCCAUUUAACUGUGAAUAUUUCAAAACUUGGCUGGACUGGUAGAUUCAACAAACACCUCAACACGACCAGCUAGCUCAAAAGUCUCAAAAAGUAGUAGUAAGUUUUACAACAACGCCGAAAAAGGCAUAUACAUACGCACACAUACACCCAACACAAACAGGCAAUCAUUCCAUCAUUCUCUUAUAUUCUCUUUUCCCAUGUUCCUUUGUCUCGCUCCCCCGCAGACACACCUAUAAAAAGUACCCUUUGCUUUACUCAACUCCAUAUACACACCAUAAUUCUAUUGUACAUGAUUUGCAUUUUUCUUUUUCUUUAUUGUUCAAUUAAAAACAAAAAAAGAAUGUCAGGCAGCUUUAUCGCCUUCU